GCCUAUCCAUUCAUCGCUUCAUCCUUCACCUCUGCAUCCGUUAGCCAAUUCAUACCUUGCCCGGAUAAGCUGUACGGAAGGGCAUACUACGACUUCAUCGCUGUCAGACAACACCGGUCAAUCGACUUCAACGCGACUCUCCGUCCACGAUCAUCAACCCAGCCCGCCACCGCCAUGCAGUGGCAGAUCGCAGCGCCAGCAACCUUGGCUCUCGUAGUCUAUGCCCAGUGGAGGAAGGCCCUUACUCCAUCGGGCAUUCUUGCGGCCAUAUUCACAGCUGCCAUCCACGCAUAUCAUCCCUGGAAUCUACCCUUCACCCUUCUCUGCACGUUCUUCCUCUCUGGCACUUUAGCGACCAAGAUCAAACAUGGCUACAAGGCUACUCUCACAAUGCAGUCCAAGGGCUCUGUUGGUGAAGGGCCUCGGACUCAUACACAAGUCUUUGCCAACUCCCUGAUCGCCACCGCUCUGACCUGGACCCAUGCUGUCCAGUUGGGGAAGCGUCAAGCUAGCCUUGCGAACCCCAAUGCCGAAACCACCGGCAGUCUCUGCUAUUCGUUCCAUGGCGACCUCCUGGUCAUCGGCAUCAUUGCCUGCUACGCCGCCGCCGCCGCCGACACCUUCAGCUCCGAGCUGGGCAUACUGGCCCGCACCCAGCCCCGCCUCAUCACCGACCCCGUGCGUAAGGUCCCGCCAGGCACCAACGGCGGUGUCACCAUCGAGGGCCUCGCCGCCGGUCUCCUCGGCUCGUCCAUCAUCGCUGCCGUGACCAUGUACCUCCUCCCCACGUGUGACGAAUCCACCGCGGACACCCCCGGCGGUGGCGUCCCCUGGACGACCCAGCAGCGCGUCCUCUACGCCGUCGCCAUCGCCCUCUGGGGCGUGGUCGGGAGCAUUUUCGAUAGCUGGCUCGGCGCCACGUGCCAGGCCACCGUCAAGGAUGUCCGGACCGGCAAGGUCGUCGAGGGCGAGGGCGGCUCCAGGGCGCUCGUGUCCCCGACGGAGACCAGACAAUUGGCGCGCGCCGAGGUCGAGAAGGUCGUCCUCGCCGGGGAGGGCCAGGACGCUACCGAGAAGACCGACGCGUCCAGCAGUGCCAUCGACGACGGAGCUGCCGUUGCGCCGCGUAAGGAAAAGGAGGGCCCCAAGGAGAAGGCCCGCAGGCCCAGUUUUGGCGAUGAGAAGCCCACCCGCGUUAUCGAGAACGGCAUCGACCUGCUGGACAACAACGACGUCAACUUUCUCAUGACAUUGUUCAUGAGCGUCGCUGCCAUGACUCUCGCCAGCAAGGUCUUGGGCGUGCCCUUUGAGAGCAUCAAGGUUUGAAGCUGGGUCUGUGUAAUGGUAUUACUAAUUUUUUUUUUGUUCGUUGGAAACAAGCUUCGGGCAGAGCAUGCUCGACUUGAUAGAAUUGGUAGC